ACCUGUCGACCCCGGAUGCCCUCAGAAAGCACGCCAGCAGCACCCUGGCCCUGUCCUGUCCAGCAGCUCACGGGAUGGGAGGGGCUCUUGGUCAAAGGAAGAGGCUCCUGAAGGCACCCACGCUGGCUGAACUAUACAGCUCUGAGUCUGACGAUGAGGCCAGUCACAGCUCCUCCAGUUUGUCAGCAUCCAUGUUGGACGCCUCGUCUCCUGAAUCUGUCCUGGGGAAGAACACACCCCCUAGGUUCCUGCCCAUCACCAUGACUCCCCAGCCUGACAGUCGCCCCUCCCCUCAGAGGAGACACUCCAUUGAGAAGGAGCCCCCCACCAGAGUACGACCCUUCACAGCCCCCACCAGACAGAGCUCCAAGUCUCUGGAGGACUUCUGCUACCCUGUAGAGUGUCUGGCUCUAACAGUAGAAGAGGUGAUGCACAUCAGACAGGUUCUGGUCAAAGCUGAGCUGGAGAAGUUCCAACAGUACAAAGACGUCUACAACGCACUGAGGAAAGGAAAGCUGUGUUUCUCCUGUCAGACUAAACGGUUCUCCUUUUUCACCUGGUCGUACACCUGCCAGUUUUGCAAAAGGCCUGUGUGCUCGCAGUGCUGUAAAAAGAUGAGACUUCCCUCUAAGCCGUAUGCCAACCUGCCCGUCUCCUCUCUGGGCCCUACUGCCACUCUACCCAGGGAGGAGGCUGGAGGGACAUCAGCCUUGGACACCCCAGAGAAGCCCUCGUCCAGCCAGCGCCACAGCCUCCGCCGGACCGUCUCCAGGUUAUCUGAAUACGACAGCAGUGAGGGGUCUCGUGACGAGCCGGAUCUUCCCAAAGAGCUGACCGAUGACUGGUGUACCAUGGAGGUCUGCAUCAACUGUAAGAAGUUCGUCUCUGAGAUAAUCUCCAGCAGCAAGCGCUCUCUAACCCUGGCCACCAAGCGAGCCUGUCUGAAGAGGAAGACCCAGUCCUUCUACUUGUCUUCACCUAACACAGACGAUUACAGACCCUCUGAGAGGACCAUCAACCAGGUUUAGAUUACAGACGCUCUGAGAGGACCGUCAACCAGGUUUAGAUUACAGACGCUCUGAGAGGACCGUCAAUCAGGUUUAGAUUACAGACGCUCUGAGAGGACCGUCAACCAGGUUUAGACUACAGACGCUCUGAGAGGACCGUCAACCAGGUUUAGACUACAGACGCUCUGAGAGGACCGUCAACCAGGUUUAGACUACAGACGCUCUGAGAGGACCGUCAACCAGGUUUAGAUUACAGACGCUCUGAGAGGACCGUCAACCAGGUUUAGAUUACAGACGCUCUGAGAGGACCGUCAACCAGGUUUAGACUACAGACGCUCUGAGAGGACCAUCAACCAGGUUUAGAUUACAGACGCUCUGAGAGGACCAUCAACCAGGUUUAGAUUACAGACGCUCUGAGAGGACCGUCAACCAGGUUUAGACUACAGACGCUCUGAGAGGACCGUCAACCAGGUUUAGACUACAGACCCUCUGAGAGGACCGUCAACCAGGUUUAGAUUACAGACGCUCUGAGAGGACCGUCAACCAGGUUUAGACUACAGACCCUCUGAGAGGACCGUCAACCAGGUUUAGACUACAGACGCUCUGAGAGGACCGUCAACCAGGUUUAGACUACAGACGCUCUGAGAGGACCGUCAACCAGGUUUAGACUACCAGGACAUGCCAAUGGUAGUCUCUGCCACUCCCCAGCCCCAGCCAAUACAAUUAAACCAAAUGACAUGCCAAUGGUAGUCUCUGCCACUCCCCAGCCCCAGCCAAUACAAUUAAACCAAAUGACAUGCCAAUGGUAGUCUCUGCCACUCCCCAGCCCCAGCCAAUACAAUUAAACCAAAUGACAUGCCAAUGGUAGUCUCUGCCACUCCCCAGCCCCAGCCAAUACAAUUAAACCAAAUGACAUGCCAAUGGUAGUCUCUGCCACUCCCCAGCCCCAGCCAAUACAAUUAAACCAAAUGACAUGCCAAUGGUAGUCUCUGCCACUCCCCAGCCCCAGCCAAUACAAUUAAACCAAAU